AUGACGUCUGUCGCACAUUCCAUGGUGCAUGUACCUCAAACGCUAAAAUAUUUCGGUCCAGUGCAGAACUAUUCAACGUUUAACUUCGAAAGCGUAAUUGGUUCUAUAGUUCAAUCAGUAAAUGGACCUAAUCUGAUCGUUUCUGAAUUGACAAAUAACAUAAACAUUUUAAAAUGUGCUACAGUUGAACUUGAUACUAUAGAUUACGCUGCACCUCUUCAUUUAUUCAUAUGUCGUCUGUUUUCUCCAAAGCGUCAAGCACUUCCAAGACAAGUAACAACCAAACAAAAUAAAUCUAUUCGUCUUGGUUGUAGAUUAGAAUUACCAAAUGAUCAUAUCGUAAUGGCCUACUUAGGAGAAAAACAAAUUUUUAACUUCUCUCUUCAUGGAACAUGUUGGAAAAAUAAUGUUCAAUUCUCUGUUUAUGAAUCUAGCUCAAAUAGUAGCAAUUGUGAUUCUUGUGUGUUAUUCAAAGAGAAGCAUGAGACGAAUUGCGGAUUUAUUAUGGCUAUCAUUCAUAAUUCAAGGAAACAAUGUUAUGCAGUAGUUCAUACAAUAAGAAUUGAUGGGCGAGAUUUUCUCUCAAUCAAAAAGAAAAAUGUUGUCAAUCCAUUCAUAUUCUGGGAACAACUAACUGACCCACCACAUAUCGUAAGAAUUGAUAUAAACGAUAUUACUGUAAAGCUUGCGCAUAGUAAACAGGAUAUUUUUCAUUUUUUUCAAUUUCCAAACACAGUGGAGAGUACUUAA